GUCUAAAGAUAAGAAUCAAGUCAAACGUUGACAUCUGAAGCUCCAAUUUAAGAACCGAUUAUUUCUAAAAACACAACACACUGAUUCAUUUUUUGUAUGGGAAUACGAUGACAUUGGAAUUAAAGACUGUUGCUACCUUGGAUACAUUUUCAACAUUUACCAUGUUUAAAGUGUAAAGGAUGUUGAUAUACAAAACAGAUACAGUCCUGUUUAUAUAAACCUAAAUAUUUCUAUUUCUCAGAAAAAUUAUUGAAUUUCUCUGCUUUAUUGCCUCUAAUGUGUACAAGAUCAUUUUGCAUGCAGCAUCUUUAGAUAUUGACUAAGGUCACAGUUGAUGAAAAAUAUAGCAGAAGUAUUUGUGAAGAAUAAAAUAUAAAAAAGAAAAUGGUGUAUGCAUAUGGUGGUGAGAGAAAAAUAUGAUGGAAAAUGAAUUAUGUGAGAAUGAUAUGAAAUGUAAAAAACAUUCUAAAGAGAUUGAUUUCACUGAUGGUAUGCCAAAAAAUAUAGGAAAUACACCAUACUCAUGUAAUAUCUGUAAAAAAUCAUUCUCUCAGAAAAGUAAUCUCACUACACACAAACGAAUCCAUACAGGAGAGAAGCCAUAUCACUGUAACAUCUGUGGGAAAGCAUUUGCUGGAAGUAGUAAUUUAACUACUCACAAACGUGUUCAUACAGGAGAGAAACCAUACCACUGCAAUAUCUGUGGUAAGACAUUCUCUAAAAAUGAUCACUUAAUAACUCACAAACGUAUUCAUACAGGAGAAACCCCAUAUUGCUGUGACAUCUGUGGUAAAUCAUUCUGUUACAGUUAUAGCUUAAGUAGCCACAGACAUAUUCAUACUGGAUCAAAUGUAUAUCAGUGUGAUAUCUGUGGGAAAUCAUUCACUGGGAGUAGUAACUUAACUGUACACAAACGUAUUCAUACAGGAGAGAAGCCAUACAGGUGUGAUAUUUGUGGUAAGUCUUUUUCUAAGGGAAGUGCUUUAGCUAUCCACAAACGUACUCAUACAGGAGAGAAAUCAUAUUACUGUAACAUCUGUGGUAAAUCAUUCUCUCAAAAUGAGCACUUAACUAGACACAAACGUAUUCAUACAGGAGAAAAGCCCUAUCACUGUGACAUCUGUGGGAAAGCAUUUUCUCUGUAUGAUGUCUUGACUACUCAUAAACAUAUUCAUACAGGAGACAAACCAUAUAACUGCGAUAUCUGUGGCAAAACGUUCUCUGCAAGAAGUACUUUAACUAUGCACAGAUACAUUCAUACAGGAGAGAAGCCAUAUCAGUGUGAUAUCUGUGAUAAAUCAUUCUCUCGAAACGAUCAUUUAACUAAACACAAACAUAUUCAUACAGGAGAGAAACCGUAUCACUGUGAUGUCUGUGGUAAAUCAUUCUCUUUGAUUAGUAAUCUAAAUACUCAUAGACGAAUUCACACAGGUGAGAAACCAUAUCGCUGUGAUAUUUGUAAUCAAUCAUUCUCUCAAAAAGGUGUCUUGAUAAGACACAAACACAUUCAUACAGCAAAGAAUCUAUUUAAUUGAUAUCUAUUAGAAAUCAUUCUCUCAAAACAGACAAUUGUAUAUGUGUAUAUUGAUGCUGACAAAUUUCAAAACCAUUAAAGAAAUACAUAAAAAUCUAUUCACACAAGACACAAGAUAUAACUGUUUGAAAGUAAUCUCUUUGUACUGUAUUUAAUUUAUUUACAGGUGGAAGCAAAAAUACUACUGAUUUAUUUGGGAAAAUUUAUGAAAAAUUUAUUGUCAUAUAUCAGUGAUAACAUCAUUGUACAAUUUUAUUGAAAUAAAUUUAUGUAAUAUUU